CUUCUAGGCCGUCAAUCUGCGAGGAUUCGAGAAAGACUCCCGAGUUGUGCUAAGAGCCGGGUAAUUGUAGAGUGACGGAUAGUGGAGGGGGAAGUUAUCCAAAUUUCAACAUUAGACAUCCAGACCUAGUAUUUACGCAACGUCAAUCAGCGGUCGGAAUCAGCAAUCCCUCUAUCUCCUUUGUUCUUCCUCGGUUUCGCACGGUAGGACCACACCGUGUUACUCAGGAUUGGGCUUCAACCCGUCCGAGAUCAGUCUUUAUUCUACGGCACGGAGCCUCUCCCCACCUUUACCACUCUCCCCCGGCUGCUUCAACGAUGCGAGCGGUAUCCUUCGCCACAUGUUACCGCGCCAUAUAGCAGAAGCCACGACGGCAGUCCGAGUAUCUGGCCGUCGAAUUUGCACCUCAAAUGGACGCCGUCCUUCACGCCACCACUGCGCCCAACUCCAUAACGCCGCCGCCACCACUACGACCGUCAAUUGUUGCCCCUCAUCUCCGUGGGGUCCGGCCCGACGCCCCACCACCGGAAAGAGCUCCCAGCGGUUUCCUGUCGACGUACUCUUCGUCAAGGCCUUGGUUAAGGCUAGCCUUUGCAGGGUCCACUCGGUUUCUUACCAUGUCUGUGCUCGCCCUUCGCUUUCGAAACCUUCGUUUUCGAGGAAGCCAUCUACAGCACGGCGUGACCUCUCCGAUGAUGCAACAUCGCCACCACCACAGACCGGGACCUUUCGGGUCGUUCCCCAAGUUUUCAGGCCUCAGUUAAGGGCCAUUGUGGAUCCCAUAGACCGUGGACCAAUUGCUACCUCCAAAACCUCCCACCGUCAGCCGAAAGAUUCAAGGCCCAUACGUCCUCGCAUCGAACGGAUCCCAAAGGAAGACCAGGAAAAAUACAAGAUGCCCUGGCUCUUCCCCAGUUCGUGGGAGGAACGCGAUGCCAUCUCGGCGUUCCGGGCCGAAAUACGAAACAAGGAGUCUACGAAUGAGUCUCUCUUUGAGCUCUACCGCAACCUACCAGGCAGUCGGCUGCCGUACCUGGACCGAAUCACGAUGGAAAGGUUUAUCGUCCGGUUGAUGACGGUUCCUCUUCGAGACCAGGUCGCAAUGCUCCGAUACUUGACCUUAAUAGAGGACAUGAAGGCAUCCAAGAUCCCCAUCACACGACAUGAAUGGAAUCAGGCAAUGUCGUUCGUCCUCAAAGCUUUCAAACAGACUACCGCCGCCGAAAUGCGGGCCGCCUACGAGUUGUGGGCUCAAUCGGAAGGAGAUCACGGCGUCAAUGCGGACUUGACGACCUUCAACAUCCUGCUGGAUGGUGCCUCGAACUCCAAAUCUCCCGCCCUCGCUCAAUCGAUCCUCAAAGAGAUGCGCACACGGAACAUGAAGUACGAUCGCUUCACAUACACCGCCCUCAUGAUGUACCACGCACAUAUCGGCGACGGUGCCAAGAUCCGCCAGGUAUACCAGGGCCUGGUGGAUGCGGGAGAGAUCGUGGAUACGGUGGUACUCAACACUCUCAUGACAGCUCUCGUCAUAGUAGGCGAAGAAGAUGACGCCUUGCGGAUUUUCGCGUUUAUGAAGAGGGCUGGAGCUAUUGCGGAGAAGAGCCCGACGCCAGAGAUGGUCGAAUACAGGGCGUGCCGUUCCUUCGCGCAGAAGCUGAAACGACCUGGAGCUCGAAAUUCAAAGCGAUAUAUGGAGGAACUCAAGGUCGUUCUCGGACCAGAUAUAGGAUCUUUCCACCUCUUUGUGCAUCUGAACUGUCGCAAGGCGAAUUGGGACCGCGCUCAGGAUUUUAUCCGCGACAUGAAGACGUUCGGGCUCGUUCUUCCGGACAGCGUCUAUCUGUCAUUGCUGAAGGGCUUCGCCUGGUGGGGAAGUCCCGACCCGUACGGCCAGUGGAACCCGGCGAGACUGGAGAACGUGCUCAACGUGGUGCUGGACGAGCAGGCUGGCUUGAUCAAGUGGCAGAGGGUGUACGCGGUGUGGGUUGUGCGUGCGGUAGCGAAAGUGUACGUGAAUGGCGAGGUGCUGGAGAGGGUUUGGCAGGAGGUGAUGCAGCAGUGGAAACGGCAAGGCGGUACGGUGCAUGAAUUUGCUCUCGGCGUGUACUUCGCUGCCCUGCGCGACGUCCAUGAAGCGCAGAAUCAGCAUUUGACUGCGGAACAACAGAUGCCGCCACUAGGGCGCGAUAUGUAUUCGGAGCAGUUGUCGGGGUUUCAGGAGCAGUUCUCGCAACAGACUGAGGAGGACUCACAACAAGCGCCGCAGUACCAGCAGCAGGAGCAGGAGCGACAUCCCUUUGAUGAUUUGUAGAUGCAUGUAUAUUCUACGGUUUUGCGGGGUUUGGUCGUUGGUAAUCGGUGUACAUAUAUCAGGGAAUGUUUGGUUGUUCAUCAUUGCAUAUAAUAUGUAUGAGUGCGUGUACUCUGGAGUUGAUAUAAGCAUGAAUUGUUCACCCAUUGAUCUGCCGUUUCUCCUGUGCAGAAG